AGAACCGGGAGACAUAGCAUGGUGCACAGUUGUAGGGAAAAGGGUUUGCUUGUAGCGUCACGCCUGGCGUUGAGCGAGCUGGUGACAAAACGACCGAUAGAUAACUUCAACGCAAACCGAUGGGUGGAGUGCAUCCAAUCAACGAUUUUGGGUUGCGCUCUGCGUGAAACACACGCCGCGUGCUUAAUCAGUGUUCAACAAACCACGGGCAGAGUCGAACGCGGUAUUACAAAAAAAGCUGUGAGAAUACAUGAUUAGAAAUUCACUACAGAGUUUCGGCCCGAGCAAUUCUAGUCCAUCUCAUAUUCGCCCCUAGCAAAUUAUUCUGUACCACGAGUUACAAGGUUGGGAUAGCAGACGCCACCGUACAAUGGCUCACUUAAGACCCCUGGUGCCGGAGCUGGCGGAAAAAGCACGCAACGAAUUGAACGAAGUUCCCACCCGUAUUACAGACGACCUAGCGGCCCUGAAAGCUUGGCUGCUGAAGCAGCCCCAUCUGAACCCUCGCAUGGAUGAUCAAUUUUUGGUGAAUUUUCUGCGAGGCUGCAAGUAUAGUCUGGAAAAGACGAAAGAAAAACUCGACAACUAUUACACGGUGAAGACUGCGAUACCGGAAUUUUUCGACAACCGUGACCCAGACAAUGCAUCGCUGCAGAGCUACAUGUCGUUCGGUGUCAACCUUCCUCUUCCCCAUACACUUGAAGCCGACGGUCCACGAUUUAUGUUGGUGCGCAUGGGUGCGUACGACGCCAGCAAAUAUUCCAUCGUGGACGUAAUGAAAGUGUGCUACAUGAUCACGGAUCUGUUGUUAGUGAACGAUGACUCUUCCAUUAUCGCCGGCCACAUGGUAUUGGUCGAUUUGAGGGGUCUCACGUUCGCCGGACUAUCACAAUUCAAUCCCACAUUCAUCAAGAAAAUGACUUCCGUUAUUGAAGCAUUCCCGAUUCGCACCAAAGGCAUACACUUCAUCAACCCGUCGUCUGGAUUUGACGCUCUCUUCAAAUUGUUUCAUGGAUUUUUAAGCAAAAAGAUACAGGAGCGCAUUAAGGUUCAUGAUUCAUUCGAGGCUCUCCAUGCGGUUGUCCCUAAAAAAUACCUCCCUGAGGAAUAUGGUGGUAGCGGAGGACGGUUGAAUGAUAUCAUCGAAGAUUGGCGCAAAACUUUAGUGGCCAAUCGAGCCUUUUUCGCCGAGGAUGCAAAAUACCGAAACGACGAACGAAAACGACCAGGCAAGCCGAAAAACGCUAGUACACUGUUUGGCGUGGAAGGGUCGUUCCGAACGCUGGAAUUGGAUUAGAGCAUUACAAGCAACACAUCCAAUUAGGGAAGAAACCAAAAAGCUAAUGAGAAGCAUACUGUUUGUGGAAAACGCUCAACGUCUCUUUAGAUGCGACAAAGAUACGCAUACUAUAAAUUAAUUUUAACCCUGCAUGUCCAAAACAAACGUUCGAUUGCGCAAUUCAUUGACAAAUAAAACAGCACAUUGAGCAACUCAAAUUGAA